AUGGCACUGUUAUUUUCUGGCACAGGCGUAUCACCGAUCGUCUGGUAUUUCCCAGUUGCCCAACAGUACUCAGUAGUUCUAAGCAAGCUUCACAUUUAUCGCCCGAACUAUAUCAAUUUGAACAAAUUGCUAUAUCUUAUGGAAGAUCUUGUUUUGGCACACGAUCUGUCGGUAACAUCGUUUGAGUGGCUUUUCGCGCAACAGCAACUUAUAUCAGUGUCCUUGGACGGUCGCAUUAUCAUUCACCAUCUCAGAUCGACUACGCUGGUGGAGAAGCACUCGAAGCUUGUGACCAUUGCGAAUCUUCCGCGUAGCAUUCGCAAAACCAAUACAUCCACCAAAUACACCGGUAAUAUGAUUUUCCUCACAACUUCGGCAGUUUUACAAAUUUAG